AUGAUCUUCUCAAGAACUAGUGCGCUUUUUGCGCUGGCAUCGGGCGCUUACGCCCAGUCGCAAUACACUGCUACUGGCACUGCUGCCGUAGCUAAGGCAGCUGCCACCGCUCUGACUCUGUCCCCUACUUCGAAUGUCCCUGGAUCAACUUUCAACCGCUUUGUUCAGAUCUGGCUGGAAAACCAGGAUUACAGUGCGGCUAUCGCGGACCCAAACCUCGCCUACCUCGCCUCUCGAGGCAUUACACUCUCAAAUUAUUUUGCCAUCACUCAUCCCUCUCAGCCUAACUAUGUGGCCGCUGUUGGUGGCGAUACAUUUGGGGUCGCUAACGACAAUACGCACUAUAUCUCUGCGAGCACGAAGACAAUCGUCGAUCUCCUGGACAACGCUGGCAUCAGCUGGAGUUUGUAUCAGGAGGAUAUGCCUUUUUCUGGCUUCGAGGCAAACUGGGUCAACCAGGAGACUGGUGCAAAUGACUACGUGCGAAAGCACAACCCACUAAUGAGCUACAACUCGGUUACGUCGGAUACGGACCGUCUUGCGAAAUCGAAGAACUUCACCAUGUUCUAUGAAGACCUGGACAAUAAUGAACUGCCCCAAUGGAUGUUCAUCACCCCCAACAUGACCAACGACGGCCACGAUAGCUCGCUCGCCACUGCUGGAACUUGGUCUCGUAACUUUUUGACCCCAUUGCUCUCAAACACAAACUUCAACACUGAUAGCACUUUGAUCAUCCUUACCUUUGAUGAAGGCACGACGACUGGCACGAACCAAAUUUAUUCCGUGCUUUUGGGUGGCGCUGUCUCAAGCGCGAAGGUGGGUACCACGGACAACACCGAAUAUAAUCACUAUAGUCUGUUGAAAACUGUGGAGACCAAUUGGAACCUGGGAAACCUUGGACAAAACGAUGUUGAUGCCACUGCGUUCUUCUAG